AUGACUUCUUUCCCUAUUCCAAUAGAUUUCACGGCUCCAGAUCCUGACUCGGCGUCGAGUCCGGGUCCGUCAAAGGCCAAGUCAAAAUGGAAUAAAGUUCGUCAUGCUGUCAAAGUAUCUUCGACUAUCAAAGAGAAUGAUCGACUGUCAAAAGCGGAUACUUUAGCUGUGGGCAGUACUACAAGUAGCGCCAGCGCUGCUUUUGCUAGAAGCUUGGUUCUAUUCACUGGAUUCCUAUUUAGAAGACCCAGUAAAUUAUUUAGACCAAGUAGAGUCGAUACAUGGGCUGGUUUAAGACAAUUGGCUAUAUCAUCAGAUCAAACAUUGUCACCUUCAUUCAUACGUGAUUUGUUAAAACGUAAAACAGGUUUAAUAGCAAUCACAUUGACUAUCUUACCACCUUUGAUAAUCAAUACCACCAUGGGUUUUUUAUUAUUCACAAGUCAUUCAUUAUUCUCUUUAUCACUAGCUAAAUUACCUUUUUUUCAAAAACCAAAGUCCCCAUCCACGAUAACGACCACGAACGAGGACGGAGAAGAAAUAGAAAUCGAGAAUACCGAUAAAGAUAGAGAUAGAGCAAGAUAUCAUUCCCCUCUCAUAGGAAGAAAAGGUGAACCAGAAGAAGAAGAAAUCAAUUUCGAUACAUUAUUAAGGGGUCCAAGUAUCAUACCAAAUCAUCCUACUAUACUUUCAGCUAUAGCUGGCGCUGGAGCUGGUUUGGUUCAAGGUGCUGCCUUUACCCCUGUAGAGAAUGUCGUCAGAUUUCUGCAUCAAUCCACAACUUCUCUGACGGCGAUGGCGGCCAACUUCCUCAAGCUACCAAUACGCAACGUACCCAAAGCAUUUGAAGGCUCACAACCUGCAACACCUAUUCAAGCCAUCAAAAACCUAUUCGCUAGUGAGACUUGGAAGAAAAAUAGUAGCUGGUGGACCGGUUGGAGAUGGGCUAUAGCUAGAGAUGCGCUAAGCUACAGCUGCUUCUUUGCUGCUUUCGAUGUGACUCGUCGAAUUGGAUUACGUGUCAAAGCUUUAUUCGGAGGAUCGAUUCAGCCCGGAUGGGAUAAUUUCCUAGUAUUAGAUUUCCCUUCUGGCACCGCAAACUCCGAUACUUCACCGAAUAAGCGCCAAGCAACCUUACUUGGAAAUGCAACAGGAAGUGAAAUAGAAGAUCAACCUGUUCCUACAGUAGCUAGAGUAGCACAAGCUGCUACUAUCGUUACAGGGGGAGUCUUAGCUUCUAUAUUAGCGGAAUUAGUUGGUAGACCAUUUCGUGCAUGCCAAAAAAUAAUGAUGAUUGAUUCUCAAGCUCAAUUACAAGCUUCCAUAAGAUAUCAGGGAGGUAUUCAACCAAUAUUAAUAGGUGGAACGAAAAAUCCCAGUGGUGGAAGGUUUCAUAAAUGGGAUCCGAUAAUCGAAACUUUCAAAGAAAGAGGUUUUAGACCGUUUUUACAACCUGAUAAACCACCCUUAAAUCUCAUGUCAACCAAGCCGAUCGAUGAGAUGGUACAGAAACAAGGUAAGAUUACUAGAAUGGCGAAGAAAAUGGGCUGGAGAAUGGCCGCUGUCGGUCCAUGGGGUUUUGGGUUCCUGGUUUGGGCUUGGGUAGGUGGUGAGAUCUGA